CGUCGGCGUCGUAUUUUGUAGCAGUUAACGCGAAUUCAUUCUCGUGUGGAUUUUGGCAGUUCUAAAUUUGCCCACACAGAAUAUGAAGAAAAUUAAACCACAGUUACACGACCACUUGAUAACCAAUCGUGUGAAGCAGUAUUUGGAGGAGCACAUUGACGAGACGUAUUUGGAUGUGAAGCAGAUGACCAAAGAAUUGAUGCGCAAAUAUCCCGAAUAUUCUCGUCGCAAAUUUGGCCCAUUCCGACAACUGGUGCAUCAAGCGUUCUCGAUUGUUUCUGACAGUUAUAACUUAGAUAAGGCGACCAGCUCAGACGAAGAGGAAGACUAUUUAUCUGAGGAAGCGGACACACCAGCCACCAACAGCAUAAUGAAUAAUUUAAUGCAUGGCCUGUACACCAAUCAGCCAGUUCGAAAACCACAAGCAACAAAACCCAGCAACGAACCAAUUGACAUUUCCAGUGGCGAUGAGAACGAGGACGAACCUUCGGCUAGUCCACCAAAUGGUGGCAGUUUGGCAGCCGCAGCUGCAUCCGCUAAUAUUGGCGAUAUGAUGCCAUCGAAAACGCUGAAGCGUCCAUUGGAAUCGACUCCAUCGGCAGCUGGCGGACAGCCGAAGAAAGGCAAGUCAAUCAACAGCAACGCGCCAAAUUAUAGCUCUUCAAACCACAGCCCCAUUCCAGCAACGGCGCCCAAGAAAUUCAUUGCAGUCUCUGCUAGCCUCAGCAAAAGCAAUAGCGAUGCUGGCCCACGCAAAGAGACGCAAUCGCAUCAUGGACCAUUGCUGUCAUAUCAGCAGCAGCAACAGUUUCUACAGCAGCAGGCCCAGCAGCAGCUGCAUCAUCAUCAGCAACAUCAGCAGCAGCAGCAACAACAGCGUGUGCGCAAAUACAAAAAGGAAUUGGAGGUGUCUCGCUCCUCGGAGAGUUUCCGCGAUAUUGGUGGCAUGGAUGGCACCUUAAAGGAGCUGUGCGAAAUGCUUAUACAUAUCAAAUCGCCAGAGUUUUACUUUCAACUGGGUCUGCUGCCGUCACGUGGCCUGCUGCUCCAUGGACCGCCAGGAAGUGGCAAAACCUAUUUGGCACGCGCCAUUGCCGGCCAAUUGAAAAUGCCGCUGUUGGAGGUGCCAGCUACAGAGUUGAUUGCCGGCAUCUCUGGGGAAUCGGAGGAGCGCAUACGCGAUGUCUUCGAGCAGGCAAUUGAUCAUUCGCCUUGUGUGCUCUUUAUUGAUGAAAUCGAUGCGAUUGCCGGCAAUCGCCAGUGGGCUGCCAAGGAUAUGGAGCGUCGCAUUGUCUCUCAGCUGAUUACCAGCCUGGAUCAGUUGAAGGCCACCGAAUUUGGGCAAUCGGUUGUUGUUAUUGGCGCCACCACACGUCCGGACACUCUAGAUCCGGGUCUGCGUCGCAUUGGACGCUUUGAUCAUGAAAUUGCCAUACACAUACCAUCACGCAAGGAGCGUCGCGAAAUCUUGCGCAUUCAGUGCGAGGGUUUGUCCAUUGAUCCAAAACUGAAUUAUGAUAAAAUUGCUGAACUGACACCGGGUUAUGUGGGCGCCGAUCUGUUGGCAUUGGUCUCGCGUGCCGCAACCAUUGCCGUGAAGCGCAGAUCGAUGAAAAAGUUUCGAGAGCUGCACGCAGCCAGUGAGAUGAACAUGACCACUGUGACUCUGGAUGACGAUGAACCGAAUGAGGACAAACACGAGGAACAGACGUCGUCGCAGAAGGAACAGACGUCGUCGGAGACGGAGCAGACAUUGGCGCCGGAGAAGUCGCCACCUACCGUGGCGGAGCAGCAGCCGCCAAACACGGAAACCGAUAAGCCCGUAGAAGCCACAAAUGGUGAAAAGGCCAGUGAGGAGGUGAGCAGCGAAGCACCCAUGGAAGUGGAUAAUAAAGAAGAUAAAGAUGAUGAUGUUGGAGAUGAGGUUUUGCCGGCGGCUAAGGACGAGUCGGAGAAACAACCAAUUUCAAGUGCCAAAUCGCCGAUACUAUCCGAUGAUUUCUACGAGCCCACAUUGGCCGAGUUGACAAAUUUCCUGGACAAUCCGCCCGAGGAAUUUGCUGAUCCCAAUUUCUGUUUAACAUUGGAUGAUUUUACGGCCGCUAUUAAAGUGAUGCAGCCAUCGGCAAAGCGUGAAGGCUUCAUCACGGUGCCGGACACCACCUGGGAUGACAUUGGCUCGUUGAAUGACAUACGCGAGGAGCUGAAGCUAGCUGUGCUGGCGCCCGUCAAGUAUCCCGAGAUGUUGGCACGCCUCGGCCUGGAGGCACCAUCGGGUGUGCUUCUCUGUGGACCGCCUGGCUGUGGCAAAACACUGCUGGCCAAGGCCAUUGCCAACGAGGCGGGCAUUAAUUUCAUUUCCGUCAAAGGACCCGAACUGAUGAACAUGUAUGUGGGCGAGAGUGAGCGUGCGGUGCGCGCUUGUUUCCAGCGUGCUCGCAACUCAUCGCCAUGUGUCAUCUUCUUCGAUGAGUUCGAUUCGCUGUGCCCCAAGCGCUCGGAUGGUGGCGAUGGCAACAAUUCGGGUACGCGCAUCGUCAACCAGCUGCUGACCGAAAUGGAUGGCGUUGAGGAGCGCAAGGGUGUUUAUAUUUUGGCGGCCACUAAUCGCCCGGACAUUAUUGAUCCAGCCAUUUUGCGGCCGGGCCGCUUGGACACCAUACUGUAUGUGGGAUUGCCACAGGAACAGGAGCGUGUUGACAUACUCAAAGCCACCACCAAGAAUGGCAAGCGUCCCGUGCUGUCUGAGGAUGUGGAUCUAAAUGAGUUGGCCGCUAAGACCGAUGGCUAUACAGGCGCCGAUUUGGCUGGCUUGGUUAAACAGGCUUCGAUGUUUUCGCUGCGCCACUCGCUCAACAAUGGUGAUACCAAUGUGGAUGAUUUGUGCGUACGCAAACAGCAUUUCGAGGAGGCUCUCAAGCAACUGCGUCCCUCGGUUAGCGAGCAGGAUCGCAAGGUGUAUGAGAAGCUGCGUCAGAAAUAUGCUGCACCACGUAUACCGCCGUUCGAGGCGAAGUGAACACAAUCUCGGCGCUUGGCACUGUUGUACUAGUAUUUAAGAAAUCAUCCACACACACACACACAUACACACACACGGAUCCACACACACAGGCAUAUUCCACAUGGUCCUCAUUUGAAUUUAAUAAAAUAUGUACAAAUACCCAUCACAAUGGAAUCAAACUCAUACACACAAAAUAAAAAUGCCCAAGCGAAAUAAAAUUUGGGACCAAGCCCAGCUCAAUUGCCAAAUACUUUA